AUGUAUACCCUGCCUUUAGAGCGGGCCUCGGAGCUAACUCUUAGAGGCUUCUGGGAGAAGCAGCAGCAGCAGCAGCAGCAACAGCAGCAACAGCAGCAACGGAAACACCAACAGCAGCAGCAGCAGCAACAACAGCAGCAACGGAAACAGCAACAGCAGCAGCAGCAACAGCAUAGGAAGCCAGCAUGCCUCGCCUGCUUUGAGGCGAGAGAACAGUCUCUACUCCGCUCUGCUGUUCCUGAGGGAUCUGCUCGUCGUUUAUUUUGUCCAGCAAUUUUUACAUAUGCUCGUUUAACUCUUUGGCCGCACAGUUAUAGACAAUUGAAGAGAGACAGAGGUGUAUUAGAGAGAAGCAUUAACAGAAUUAACGGUUUGCUUCGAGGGAUUGGAGUGCUGCAGCAGCAGCAGACAAUAGUUGUUGCUGCUGCUGCAGGGUCCCCUGUUUAUAUUUAUGAAACAGAUCCUGCAGCAGCAAACAAAGCUGAGAAAGAUAUUUCUUUUACAGAUAUUUGGAGGUUAAGACUCCUCGUAUUAAAACAACUUAAUGCUUUAACUCGAGCAGGCAGUGAAGAUGCAGCAACAGGAGUAGAGGAGACAGAAGGAGACAGCAGCAACAGCAGCAGCAGCAGCAGCAGCAGCAGCAGCAGCAGCAGCAAUGGAGGGGGGGGAGGCGAGGGAGGUGGAUCUCAUACUCAAUCUUCCAGCUGUACAGACAGCUCGCAUCGCAGCUUAAGCAGGACUUCAUCACCUGAUGCUCUUUAUUCGCCUUUGUCUUUAAAUGAAGUCAUUGCUCCUAGGGGGGAGACAGAUAAAUAUAUUCUUUAUCUACACGGAGGAGCAUUCAUCUCUCAAAACCCAGACUUCUACCGCAUCUUCUUCAAUGACGUUUCUCGUUUAACGGGUGCUCGGAUCAUAGCCCCGCGUUAUCGAUUGGCUCCUGAGUCUCUUUGGCCCUGCCAGCUGCUUGAAGUAUUUGAGGUGUAUAGGCAGCUCGUGCUGCUGCAGCAAAUAGAUACUUCACGCCUUAUUGUUAUGGGAGACAGUGCAGGAGGCAACUUGGUGGUGACGUUGAUGAUGCAAAUAAUAAAAUAUAAUCAAACAUUAGCAGAGGGAGAGAAAUCUCUUCCGCUACCUCGCGCUGUUGUUCUGCUGUCUCCUUGGCUUGACCUCUCUCAGAGCGGGCCCUCGUACACUGAUAAAACCCCCUUUAGAGACCCUUGGGUGUCUCCGGUUUACCUCAGCGACCCGAAAGUGCUGCGAGAGUUUCCUCCUACUUGUAUUCAUGCAGGCGCCCUUGAGGGUUUGGAGUUGGUGGUGGUGUUUGUUACUCCCGACUCUCUUAUUCUCGCCAGACGCAUUAAUGAAGCGCAUGCAGAUGCAGACACCUUCGAAGCCCCACAGCAGCUGCCUCCUCUAACAAUACCUACCAGCAGCAGCAGCAACAGCAACAGCAGCAGCAGCAGCAGCAACGGGGAGAUGAAAGGAGACGCGACAAGUUCGCUUGAGGAAGGGGCAGGCGGAGGCCUAGAAGCCAGCAGCAGCAAUAGCAGCAGCAGCAACAGCAGCAGCAACAGCAGCAGCAGCAAUGAGGCGUCUGCUUCUACCCAAAAGGAGACAGCAACGGAGACAGAAGAAAAAGGAGACGAUGAAGAACCUGUAGAGGUAUUAACAUUCUUUUCAGCUGAGAGUUUAUCUGAUCAUCUGCAGCACCCCACAGAAGCAGCAGCAGCAGAUGCUGCUGCUGCUGCACCUCCUCCUUACUUCCAGCAGAUGGGCUGGCUUUCAGAGGAGACCCUGCAGCAGCUAGAAAAGAAAGGUGUUGUUGAAGCAACUGCAACAGACAGCAGCAGCAGCAGCAGCAGCAAACAGGCAACCGUCACCGUCUGGAAGGAUGAAUUCCACGUGUUUCCUUGUUUUGGGUUCUUUGAAGAGCCGUCUGCCUCGGAGUGCGUGCAGCAAAUCGCUGAUUUUAUUAAUGCACAGCUGGGAGACCCCCCAUCAGCAGCAAAUGCAGCAGCAGCAGAUGAAGCAGCAGCAGCAGCAGCAGCAGCAGCAAAAGCAACAACACCGUCGAACGAGACUCCCUCAACUGCAGCAGCAGCAACAGAUGCUGCAACAGAAACAGAUGCUGCAGCAGUAGCAGAUGCAGCAACAGAAACAGACGCAGCAUCAGCAGCAGAUGCAGCAACAGAAACAGGUGCAGCAGCAGCAGCAACGCAUGCAGCAGCAGCAAGAGAUGCUGCAACGCCAGCAGAUGAGUCAGCAACAACACAAACAGCAGCAUCAAUGAAUGCAGCAGCAGCAGCUGCAGCAGCAGAAACAGAUACCCCAACAGUGCAGAAGGCAGUAGCACCAGCAGCAAAAGAAGCAGAAAAAGCGGCGGAGGCAGCAGCAGCUGAGGCAGCGAAAGUGGGAGGAGAGACAGCAGCAGCAGCAGCAGCUGCAGCAGCAACAGCAGCAGCAGCAACAGCAGCAGUCUCUCCUUCUUCUGGUCAAACAGAGGCCUUGGAUGAAGACAUCAAGCGACAGUAA